GUGAGGGGUGGAGUGUCGUUGCCGCCACACCGGGAUACACAAACGAGGCAUUACAGGGACGCUUGAGGGACAGGACAACCAGCAGCAACACCAAGAUGACGGUAACACAAGGAUCACGGGGACGACAAAGCACCGCCGCUACCACCACCACCACCACCGCCCUUGCCCCCGCCCCCGCCCGACCCCGCCGCAGGAGAAUGUCGAGCCAGUUGGAUUGUCUUCUCACCCAGAUGGGAACCGGCAAGUGGUCCAUCCUGCACUUCCUUGCGCUUUCCUACGUCUCGUUGUUCACGGGGCCAAUCACCAUGGGCGGGGCAUUCCUGGCGCCUCGUCUCGAUUACUCUUGCCGUGUGCCCAGCAGCUCCUCCUCCACAACUACCUCCUCCAUCUCCCCCGUCUCCUCUUCCUCCGUUGCCUCUUCCGUCGCCUCCUUCACCUCAGAGUGUCAGUAUACGAUCGACACACCAGAUGGCGCCAAGAUCGAAGACUGUGUCGAGUUUGACUUCGAUAAUUCAACUUUUUCCACCACCUUUACAUCGGAGUUCCAGCUGGCGUGCGGGCGGCAGUACCUCCAAACGUCCUUCCAGAGCAUGUACAUGUUCGGCAUCUUCGUGGGCGCCCCCGUCAACGGCUUCAUGGCUGACAAGUUCGGGAGGAAGCCCCUGGUGGUAAGCGGCGUGGUCUGCUACGUCGCCCUGGCUCUUGGCUCUGCGUGGUUGCCUUUCCUCUCCACCGUUCUCGCGGCUCGGUUCAUCCUGGGCUGCCUCCACGCCGUCUGCAACUUCUCCUCCUACGUCCUCAUGAUCGAGGUGAUGGAGCCGAAACUAAGGACGGCGUGCGGCUUCGUGUUCUACAACGCCUGGGCCCUGAGUCUGGUGCUGUACGGCGGCCUGGGCUACCUCAUCCGGGACUGGCGGGUGCUGCAGACUGUGGUGACCCUGCCCGGCCUGCUCCUGCUGCCCGCGCUCUGGUUCCUCGAUGAGUCACCGCGCUGGCUCAUCGUGAGUGGCCGCUCCGAGGACGCCAUCCGGGUGAUACGGAGGGCGGCACGGUGGCACGGCGCCGACCUGCCCCCCGAGGAUGAGUUACGGCACCUGACGGAGGGGGAGCCGCAGGAGGCGCAGAAGGAGGCGGAGGAGCGGUCUCUGCUGAACGUGGUGAAGGGCGUGAUCGGCGAGGCUCUUGUUUUGUUAAGGACGCCGCGGCUCAGAACCAUCACUCUGUGCCUGUACCUGAACUACCUGGUGGCGGCGAUGGUGUACUUCGGGCUGUCCCUCAGCGGCACGAGUCUCAGCGACAGCCCCUUUGUGUACAUGGUGCUGUCGGGCCUCAUGGAAGUCCCCGCCUACACCCUCUGUGGCCCCAUCGUGCAGCGCUUCGGGAGAAAACGCACGCUCGCCGUUCUCUUCCUCACAAGUGCCAUCGUCCUGCUUGCGCUCCCUACCAUCCCCUCUGCAUACAGCUCCACGGUGGUGACCUUGGCCAUGAUCGGGAAGGUGGCCAUCACGGGGUGCCUCCAGACGGUCAUCUUCUACUCCAGCGAACUCCUGCCGACGGAGGUGCGAAGUCGGGGCAUCGGGACCUCCUUCAUGAUGUCCCGUAUCGGCGGUAUGGUGUCCCCCUUCAUCACGGACCUGGUGGGCACCUUUCACCCGUGGGCGCCCUUCGUGGUCUUCGGCGUGGGGGCGCUGAUGGCGGGGGCGGUCACGCUGCUGUUACCUGAGACCCGCGGGAAGACCCUACCUGAGACCGUGGCCCAGCUGGAGGCGAGGGCGAAGGAGGCGCCGGUGAAGCAAACGAAAGUUCCGAGGAUUUUUUCAUGUCUGGCUUGAGUUCCUACAUUGACUGACUGACUAAGCAGACUACGUGACUGAUUUACCAACUUGCUGACGGACUGGUUGACUGACUGACUAUAUGGCUGACUGGCUGACCGACUAGGUAACUGACUAACAGAUUUGCUGAGGAAGUGUGAAUGACUGACUGAUUGAUUAAUUAGAUGACGAAAGGGGUGGUUAGCAAACAGGCUGACUAAAUAACUGGCUGACAAACUGACUGAUUGACUGACAUGAUGACAGCAGGGUUGAUUAACUAAUUGCCUGUAUAAGCAACUGACUAACUUGAUGAACGGGGUGGUUAACAAACUGGCUGACUAAACAACUGACUGACGAACUGAAUGACUUAAAUCCUAACCGAGUGAGACGAGGAAGAUAUUUUGAGCUCGAGGACGUACGAGCCAAAGAAAUCGAACUGGAGGCACAAAAACCGUCCUUGGUGAGUGUUGAGGAGGAGGAGGAGGAGGAGUAUGCCAAGCAAAGUGUUCGUUCACUAGACCCACAGUGCCAAACUAAUGCAGUCAGGGCCAUGUGUGUGUGUGUGUGUGUGUGUGUGUGUGUGUGUGUGUGUGUGUGUGUGUAAUUCACCUCUUGGUCUGCUGCGGGUCUCUCUCGAGACAGCCAGCCAUUCCCUUACGGAAGGAGCUCAGAGCUCAGAGACCGAUCUUUGGGGAGGACUGUGUGUGUGUGUGUGUGUGUGUGUGUGUGUGUGUGUGUGUGUGUGUGUGUGUGUGUGUGUGUGUGUGUGUGUGUGUUAAAGACCUACAGUGCCAAGUUAGUACAGUCAAGGUCGUGUGUGUGUGUGUGUGUGUGUGUGUGUGUGUGUGUGUGUGUCGUUUUUAAGAGCAUUGUUAUUUAUUGGACGCAUGAACCUCCUACUUUUAAGCCAAACAAACGAACACUCACAAACUUUCUGAAAAAACGAAAGUAAAUAGUUAUCGUACCGGCCUCAAGAGAUCCUUCGUGUAUGUUUCUCUUUUUUGUUUAUAAUUCGUUUCUUUAUAUGCAAGAAAAUAAAAACAGAAAAGAAACUGAUAAUAUAUGUAGUUAUAUUCUCUCUCUCUCUCUCUCUCUCUCUCUCUCUCUCUCUCUCUCUCUCUCUCUCUCUCUCUCUCUCUCUCUCUCUCUCAUUUAGGUCCUCCAUGGGUGACACUGCAGUUUAAAGGAGCCUGUCGUGUUACACUGGACCACUGAAGGUGGGAGCUUACUCCAUUCUCGCACUACAACGUUGGUGAAGAAAAAUUUGGUGCAGUCUGAAUUUACUUGUCUACCUUUAAGUUUUAUGCCAUUUGUUGCCGCCCGAAGGCGGUCAAAGGUUAUUAGUGAGCUAUGGUGUGUCACGGCUGCUCGGUGUUGAAGGUGCAAAGCCAGCAUUUCGGAAUCGUCUCGAUAGCAAACUAAGAACAGAUGAAUGCUCUCGCUGACUCGGGGGGCAGGGAUGACGCACCCACACACGUGCAUUUUUUAUGACUCGACAUGUAUGAUGGGGCGCUCGGGGCGCUGUAGGAGGCGAGGAAGAGGGUGACAGCUAACAGUAACGGUGAAGGGAAGACGUCCCUUCUCGGCCUCGCUGUAGACCCCGACACGUGAGUUAUAGUUGUGUCUUUCUGAAUGACCUAAAUGAUAUCUCUUGCCAUUGCCAUAUUCUGAUGUCCGGGUUAAAUGACGAGUUAAUUGUUCAACAGUGCUUAUUGCUCUGAUGUAAGGUAGUGGCAAUAAUGAUUUACAGCUCUUUGAUGUAAAACGCUGUGACUUUCGUAUUCCUGAUUCUGUGAUUAUGAUGGUGUGUUCGUGUAACCAGGUUUUGACCGAAAAUAUAGUAAUCGAGUCAACGUGAA